CCGAAUUGUGUUGUCUAUGUCGCGUAAGAGAAAACGUUAACAGGUUAUCAUAAUAAAUUUUUAAGCCCUCCGGUUUGUAAUUUACUAUCCGCAUUUUGUGCGUUAAAUGGCCAACGUUUGGCAAAACAUCCUUGCUUCAGAUGCAUUGUGCAAUCACCUACGAACUCCCAAUAAUCCGUGCCUAAAAACUCUAUAUUUACGUCGAAGAGCUCUUCUUCUACAAGAAAAAUCUACAAAAGUCUUAAAUAAUGAAGAGAGUUUCAGACGGUCUUAUCUGCAACUGCGUUCCACAAUCUUAUUUGAAAGAUAUGGUGUACCCAAAGAAAUUCUUUGCUCACGUAGCAGGUCUGUCAGUCUUCGGGGAAUGAAUGUGUCCAUGUCAGAGAAAAAAAUUCACAAUACCCAAGAUGACAGAUAUAUGACCAUUCAACAAAUGUUGGAUCAUCAUAAGGAAGCUAUCUCAAAUCUCACAUUUGCAAAAGAUGAAACAUCUCUUCUUGCUUGUGCGUCCCUUGAUGGAACCUUGUCAAUCUGUGAAGUUUCUCCUUUUUGCAGGGUUCUACACAUCUUAUGUGGACAUGCAGCUGGAGUUACAGAUGUACAUUGGUCGGAUAGGAAUGAAUGGCUUCUGAGCUGCUCCAUAGAUGCCUCACUUCGCUUAUGGGACGUACAAACAGGAAAAUGUCUAAGGAUAUUCCGCGAUCCAACUAAGUCUUCCAUAAACUGUUGUGCUUUUUUGCCAUCCAACAACAAUCUAGUCGUGGUUGGGAACAAACGUGGUAUGCUUCAAAUCCUAAACACCUCAACAGGAAUUUUCCCGCUGAACGGAAGCAGCCAAAUAGGAGCACCAGUUACUUGUCUCACUUGUGAUGGACUAGGAAAAUUAAUAUGGGCUGGUGAUGACAGGGGAUAUAUCAACUCAUUUUUGGUGGACUCGGCUACGGGUCGGUUGAUAAAAGGGCGUCGUGUGGAAAUUCAACCUUCAGUACGUACUCAAGGUCCAUUAGUUACCUCCAUUUCUUUUACAGCUUGGGCUGGCCGUGGUGGACGGGACCCGAGUCUUCUAGUCAGCUGCGCCGCGAAUGCUCUUUUCCUAUACAAAAUUGUGGAUGAGCAAGGUGGCCUUCGUCUUAAACGAAGAUGCCCAUUAGCCCACCAUCAGUCAAAAAUUCGAUCUGAGUUUUAUCCCGUCUCAUCCCAACCGGGAGCCUGGUGUCCCAACUUAGUAUCAGGCGGCGAAGACGGGUGCAUCUAUUUUUUGCAUGUUGAUUCCACGUCAACUACAACUAGGCGCAUUCCUGCACAUGCCUCAGCAGUUUUAGCCGUUGCUGCCAACUAUGAUGGUGCCCUCCUGGCUUCGGGAGAUAGUCGUGGCAUUAUCAUGCUGUGGGGAAAGCCUUCGCUCCAAUAAACAUUUAUGCUAAAUAUUACCUCAACGUUGAUCACCAACUCCACCAGGAUUCAUAAUGCCAGACGAACAAAAAUGCUAUGCUGCAGUGCCAGUGACCGACCCUGCACCGGUAGUUGUUAAUGUUGGGACCCAACAGGCCGCCCCGCAAG